AGAGCUCAGACUGCUGCAGCUAGCUAGUCAUAUUCAGAGUAAGAGGUCGGUAGUUACAGACUUACAGGUAGGGUCGUUAUGCGGCGGUUGGGCUGCGUCGGCCUGCUGCUCCUGCUUGCCGUCCUGCUGGCCGCGCUCAGCCCCGUCGUAGUCGCCACCGCACGCAGAGAGAUGCUAACGGCGGCGAGCCGCGACGACGAAGGGCGAGGCCGUGCGGGAGCCGUGAACAGCUUAGGAAAUAAUGCGCCGGCAGCGGCGGCGCACGGUGGGGAAGAUGUGAUCGGGAGGAGGAAGGAUGAGGUGGUGGCGAGGAGCCAGAGCCACCGCCGUUUCAGGACCAGGAGGAUCCCUGCCUCGCAGUCGCAGGUUCAUUUCGGUGGCCGGAUACCCUUCACCGCCGACUACCACUCCGUCCACAGGCACCCGCCCACGCACAACUAGAACUAGCAGCUCGCUAUGUGCUUCAGUACUAAGCCCGUCUCUGAAUAUUUCUAAAUAGAUCUUCUUCAGUUCUUCUCUUUUAGCUUUUAUUAGGUUUGGAUCUUCAGUAGUGAUACAUACUACAUGUGCAACCUGUAUGUUAUGUUACUCUUCUUUUCCUUUUCUUUUUAGGUUUAGAACUUUAGAUCCUUAUUAGUAACGAUAUAUACUAGUAAUAUGCAAGGAGCAGUACGCUGGGGCCAUUUUGUCUGAACAUGCAGUCAGUGUGAGCUCUCCUGAAAAGGGUGCAUUGCUAAUGCUGACCUGACCAAUGUUCUCUUCGGCUUCCAUCUUUUGUAUGUCUGUACUGAGUACUGAC